CUCCACUCUCCACAACGUGACUCACAACAACAACAACCACAUAAAAGCUUGCAAGUCACUCAACCCCAUCCACUCCUUAUUGUCUCUAUAUAAACCAACCAACCAACCAGUUCAAUCCACCCCUUCAAACUUCUUGUUACAUAAUAAUCCUCACUUGAACUCACAAUGCAUUGCCAACCAGCUUUCAAGCUUCUUCUCUGGACUUCUCUUACAUUUGCAUCUCUUAUCCCCCAUGGGUGGGGAGAAAAAUGUACUACCAAUGGUCAAGCUCCAACAGUUCAACAGACCCAAGUAGGGUUUGGAAGGUCUCCAAAGUUCAUGGUGGUGGUGAAUAACAAGUGCCCUAUGUGCCCAAUCAUCGACAUUCAUUUGAAGUGUGGAAGCUUUCCUCAGGCUCUGGUCAACCCGAGGCUGCUCAAAGUGCUAGGCGUCGAUGAUUGUGUUAUUAACAGCGGGUUGCCAUUGGCACCUCUGCAGACAUUUUCCUUCAAUUAUUCUCACCAAAAGUAUCUCAUGUAUCCAAAAAUCUGGUCUUUUCAAUGUGAGUGAUCAGAUUAAUUAGGCCUACCAGGUAAUUAAGCAGUUAAUUAGUUUCCUUUGUCUUGCAUCUUUUGGGUCCAUGUGAUGAAUUAUUCUUAA